CGUCUGUGUGCUGGGCGAGACCAAGCGGCUCAGCCUGCUUCGUUAUCGCUCGCACGGCUCGGGAGAAGCGGGUUGAGUUAGCCUGGCUGUGGGGGCUUCUUAGCCCACCACCACAGCGCUGGUUAUAGCCUAGUGUAACCGGGGUAAGCUGGUGGAGCUAAGCUAUGCUAACACGGUCCGUGUUGACCAUUAACAGGAUACACGCUCCUCGCUUGAUUUCGACACAAAUUGCGCACAUUUUUGCGUCGUUCACCUGGACGUUUGUUUUAAAAAAUAUUUUACUAAGGGUGUAAAAUGAUGACACACUGAUGCGUAAUGUUUUAAUGUUUCGUCUCAAGCGAGUGAUGAAUUGCCAUACUAAUAUUUUUUAUUAUAUCUUAAUAUCAUUUUGGUUUUAUAUAAAUGUUAAAGAGCAAGAGAGUAUUAUUUCUGUGAAUACAAACACAUUUACACAUAUUCAAUUAUUUCAGUAUAACGUAACCAACAAGGGAAUGGGCUUAUUUUUUGGAUCUCAUACACAGUCAAUGAGAUAUACAAUAAUGUCAGCAAAAUGAUAGAGAUGAAAAUGGAAAGAAAAAAGAUAAAUACUGUUUGGGAAUGACGGACAGGCAGUUUUAUGUGUGUGUUGGUGCGUUUGACACACGUGCGAGUCGCGGUUGGUUGUACACCCCGCCGUGCCCUCACCCUCGUCGGUGUGUGUGCGUGACGCUGGUCCGCGGUGCGUUCACAGACCAGACUGUAGCGUAGACAGUGAAUGUCAUUAUCAGUGCUGUCUGCAUACCAGCGCUGUCGUGGCGAGCCAACAGAGGAGGCGAGGAAGUGGAUCAGAACUCAGAGAACUCCAGUCACAAUCAUGCUUGUGUCUGACAACCAGAAGCUUUGUGUUGUUUAAAAAGACUCCGGGAGGCAAAACAAAAGACUCAGAGGAAUACAAGAAGUCAGUCUGCUGACAGAAACAACAAUAACCCAGUGCUCAGACAUGGCUAGUACCCAGACCAGUUUGAAAACCCCUUUCAAAGACUUGACCUCGUUCAAGGGCAACAUGAAACGGCUGUACAGAGAGCGACUGGAAGACGCACCAAUCAAGAAGCGCGUGAUGGCAGAGAUCAACCUGAAGCGUCGCAGCUUGGAUUCCCUCCCCAAAACUCCCAAGGUGAAGAGGGAGCAGACUGAGGAUCUGUGCCACGACUCUGACAUGGAUGUGGCAGCCCGAGCUGAAUUACACGUGGUGGGCUCUGCUAAAGCCCUGGACCUGAGCCCUGGGCUCAAACACACACUGGCCCAGUUCACCCUAAGCAGCCAGAGCUCGCUUGGGGGUCCUGCUGCCUUCUCAGCCCGCACCGGCCAUGAGCAGUCUCCAGCUGGUAUGCCCCCGCUACCAUCCCCUCCUGUUCUAGGAGGGGGCCCUCUGCUGGUACCCUGUGACAGCUCCACUGAACUCACCCACUCUCUUCUGGAGGGAGAGUCCAUAUCCUGCUUCGUUGUUGGGGGGGAAAAGCGACUCUGCCUGCCCCAGGUGCUCAACUCUGUGCUCCGCGACUUCUCAUUGCAACAGAUCAACACUGUGUGCGACGAGCUCUAUGUCUACUGCUCACGCUGCGAUGCUGAGCAGCUGCACAUCCUCAAGGUGCUGGGCAUUCUGCCGUUCAACGCGCCGUCCUGUGGCCUCAUUACGCUGACGGAUGCACAACGGUUGUGCAACGCUCUGCUGCGCCCUGGGGCGGCCUUGCCUGCCGACCCCAGUGGUAAGCUGUCGGCCCAGGGCCUGCUGAAGGAGAGUGAAACCAGCUUCCAGGUGGAGCACCAGUGUCUGGGGAAGUGCCAGGGUCUCUUUGUGCCCCAGUUCUAUACCCAGCCUGAGGCGCCCUGCAUCCAGUGUGUUGAGUGCCAGUUGCUCUUUUCACCACAGAAGUUUGUCAUGCAUUCACACAAAUCACCUGAUAAGAGGACCUGCCACUGGGGCUUUGAUUCAGCCAAGUGGCCCUGCUACCUGCAGCUCGCCAGGAAGUACCAGGGCACGACUGAGGAACCCAAGCUCAAGCAGCUCCUGGAUGAGGUCAAAGAGAAGUUCCACUACCAGCUCAAGAGGUCACUAGACAAAAAGGCGGCGGAAGAGGAGAGCCAGGUGAGGAAAUCCUCUGCGGACCUCUGCUCACCCAGUGGCAAGUUGGUUGAUGCUGACCCUGCCAGAAAGGGGAAAACGUCUCCACCUACUUUGGUGUUCAAUCGUCUUUUUUCGGAUAUCAAGGAGGAGCCAGGACACCCCACCCUGGUCCAUCCCAGUUACUACCUGUACACGUAUGAUAAGAUGGUGGCUCCCAACGUGUCUCUGCAGCGGGAGGCGGAGAUGAGCCCAGAGAUGCUUGGAGCGCUGCUCAAGUGCCACUACAGCCGCAGAGUGCUGGGCCAUGUCGAGCCACCCAUGGAUCUCCAUGCGUCACCUCCCGUCGCUGCUAGUGCUGAGGAGGCCAAAUCCCAACAUGCCGCUGCUUCCUCGGCCACUGAGCGGGAAUGCCAAACCCAGGCAGUUUCCAUGGAGACGAGCAGCCCGAGCUGCAAGAAAGCCUCCCACACCCCCGCCCACACCCCUCCUCCACCUCCCCCGCCUGCAUCGUUGUUGACGCCGGUAACGGAAGUAGCGGCAAGAGACACGAGCUCCGCCGCAAGUGGCGCUGCAGCGGCAGUGGGGGGGUUGGAAGACGACAAGGACAGGAUCGUCGUGGAGAUCAUGCAGAUGUACAGCAGGCAGCAGGAGAAGCUGAACUCCACCCUGCACAAGCAGCUGCAGCUGGAACUGGAGCUGGAGGCGUUGCGUGGGGGCGAGGCAGCAAGGUUACGAGAGCUGAGCGCCGAGCAGCGGGAGCUCCGCAGCGAGCUGGAGGCGGUGCACAGCGAGCAGGCGCGGCAACUAAACCAGGCCCGCCAGGAACAGCUGGAGCUGGAGACUCGUCUGGAGCAGCUGAGGCAGCAGGCAUGUGCAUGUGAAACUGGGGUACAGCGCCAGCAAGAGGCUCACUAUACAGCACAGUUGUCAGAGCUUCGUCAGCGGCUGGAGCGGGCGGAGGCGGACCGUCAGGAACUGCAGGAGGAGCUGCGCAGGGAGCGGGAGGCUCGGGAGAAGCUGGAGCACACCAUCGCCCAACUCAAAGAGCAGAUGGCUCGAUCUGCCGUGGUGGGAGGCAGUCCCUCUCCUCCUCUCACCCCUUCAACUGGACCCCCUAAUGCCCACUCCCCGCCCUCCUCCUCCUCCACCUCUCCCUGUAUCUCAGAGGCCCCAGCGUCUGGCCAGAAGUAACUGCCACUCCUCUGAGUGCCUCCCCUCCCCUCUCAUCUCCCUCAUUCCUAUCCCCAUCACCUACCGCCUCUACAGACGCAAACAAUUCAGCCUGAAGCAGAAUGGCGCCCCACAUCUUCCCAGGCUGCUUCUUUAUUUUCAUUUUUUGUUUUGUUAUAAGUUGUGGAUUUCACCCUCCCA